CUACACAUCUAUAUUUUCCAUGAUAAAAGAUUUUUCAAAUGAUAAUGGAUUGACAUAGCGUGUCCACUUUCUACUUAAACUUUGUGUUAGGUGGUAGAGAAAGAGAAGAAAAUGGCGGAUGUGAACACCUUCAAUGGCUUAACAAAAGGAAAGCCUAUUCGUUGCAAAGCUGCUAUUGCUAGAGAAGCAGGGCAGCCUUUGCUGAUAGAGGAAGUAAUAGUGGCUCCUCCUAAGGCUCAUGAAGUUCGAAUUAAGAUCCUUUGUACUUCUCUCUGUUAUAGUGAUAUCACCUUCUGGAAAUUAAAAGAUCCUCCUGGAUGCUUUCCAAGAAUCUUGGGCCAUGAAGCUGUUGGGAUUGUAGAAAGUGUAGGAGAAGAAGUAAAUGAAGUAGAGGCAGGAGAUUUUGUAAUACCAGUGUUUAUAGCAGAUUGCGGGGAAUGUAAGGAUUGCAAGUCCAGUGAAAGCAACUUGUGUUCAAAGUUUCCUUUUACAGUUUCACCAUGGAUGCCAAGAGAAGAGAGCAGCAGAUUCACUGAUUUAAAGGGGGAAACUCUGUUUCACUUCUUGUUUGUUUCAAGCUUCAGCCAAUAUACAGUGGUUGAUAUUGCCCAUCUCACUAAACUUGACCAUUCCAUUCCUCCCAACAGGGCUUGCCUUCUUAGUUGUGGGGUUUCCACUGGUAUAGGUGCUGCUUGGAGAGCUGCCAAUGUCCAACCUGGAUCAUCAGUUGCUAUUUUCGGCCUGGGAGCCAUUGGAUUAGCGGUGGCAGAGGGAGCAAGACUUUGUGGAGCAACUAAAAUAAUUGGAGUAGAUGUAAACCCAGAGAAAAUAGUCAUUGGUAAAAAGUUUGGAGUCACCGACUUUAUCAACCCUAAUAGUUGUGAGGAUAAAUCUGUCAGUCAGGUUAUAAACGAGAUGACAAAUGGAGGUGCAGAUUAUUGUUUUGAAUGUGUUGGCAUGGCAUCAUUAGUCCAGGAAGCUUAUGCUUCUUGCAGAAAGGGCUGGGGAAAAACAAUUAUGCUUGGAGUGGACAGGCCAGAUUCACAGCUAAGUUUAAAUUCAGUUGAUGUGUUGUGUAGCGGCAAAACUCUUGUAGGAUCAUUGUUUGGAGGUCUUAAGGCUAAAUCUGAUAUUCCUAUCCUUGCAAAACGUUAUAUGGACAAGGAAGUUCGACUUGACGACUUUGUGACACAUGAGAUGAAGUUUGAUGAGAUAAACAAGGCAUUUAAGUUGCUUUUGGACGGGAAUUGUCUUCGAUGUGUGAUGUGGAUGGAUUAAGAAGUUGUGCCUGUUGGGUGUAACAUAUGGUACAUCAUAACUUGGUUGUGUAACAAUAUCACACACGUUUAUAAAUUAAUAUGAUACUUUCAUAUAAUUAUUAUUUUUUUCUAUAUGUCAUUAUUGACGUAUUUAAUAUUAUUUUGGAGCUGUUUCUUGUCA